AUGGUCGACAAGCGACGCGCCGUCGAGCGUGAAACACCAGUGACCGGCGGCACUCGUGCAAACCAUAGUGAAGGAGAUCGGAAUGAGAACAUCCAAGUGCAACGGCCUCGGGUCAAGAAACACGCAGGACUCUACACUUCGCCCCAGGUUACUGUUAAAGAUUCAACCUCCACGUCAUCUAGCACCGGCGGCAUGGAAGACAUCAGUCUAACAUCCCCAUCUAUAGCAGAGUCACUGAGACCAGAUGCCAUGCAGACCCCAAAGCGAGACCGAGAGCAUCAGAUUCCAAAGCGAACUCUCUCUUCUGCACUUCGUCGUCUAGUUGGAAAAUCAUCAACUUCCAAAGGCACUGCCCAUAAUCCUAUAGUACUGGACGAAUACUCACCCCGCCGCCAACCGAUUCCACUGCCACCACGCGAAGUGCCAGAAUACGAGCCACACAAGUUCGAGAAGCGCCACCGGAAAUUGUACACAUAUCAGCCGGAGCGACCGGUCCUUGCGCCCAAGCCCGCUAAUGGCAACAGGUUUACGGGUGAUAGGAGCAGCGAUCUGUACCGCAUGAUCAACGCCAAAGGGACAGCGGUAGCCUGGACUCCUCCCGUGGUAGCUGCAACACAACUUCCACCCGUCACAGCAGCAACACAACCUCCUUUAGCCCCUCAUGGACAGGUCACCUAUGGCAUCCCCUUCGCCGUCCAAUUCCCCAGGUCGGCGCAAUACCUGAUGGACCAGCUCAACCCCAUCCCGCCCUAUGAAUCCCCAUAUGCCCGCUACCACAACAACAUGGGCGUCACGCUCAGCGGCGACAGCGAAGAUAUGCUGCGUAGAAAGGCGCUUCAGCAUAUCCGCGACUCGUCGCGUUCGCAGCUUCGUAAGAAGAUGCUGUCGGACGACCCGGACGAGACGAGUGGAGACGACAGUGAACAGCUCGGGAGAACCCACAUCUACCAAGAUCCCAAUGAUCAUGUAUCGCCGCUUGUUGCACAGACGAAGCUGCUUACAUCGUUGUUGCAGUGCUAUGCUAAAUCGACGGAUCAGGUGGGUUUGAGGCAGGACAUCGCCUUGUUGGUCGGCGUGCAGAAGAAGAAGGUCGGAGAGUGGAUGCAGGCGGAAUCUAGGCGUGAGAGAACGAGCGACGAGCGAGUGAGGAGGGCGGUUGAUCAGCUACUGGCUCGUGAGGCAGAGAAGGAUCAUGGGAUUAGGGAUUUGCUGAGUUCGAAUGCGGAUAUGUGGCAGGGUGGGAUGGAGGGAGUGGCGGAGGUUUUUGGCGUGGAUAGAAUCGGGAGAGGAGAGAAGGCGAAGAGGAGGAAGUUGGGGGUGUGUGGGGAGGAUAUGGUGAGGUGA